AUGCCGGCGAAGCCGGGGACGAAAGACGAGAGCCAGAGCUCUGGCAGCCGGAAAACAUCGUCGUCGGUGAGGCCACCGGAUCAACAGCCCCUCAAGUGCCCGAGAUGCGAUUCCCCAAACACCAAGUUCUGCUACUACAACAAUUACAGCCUUAGCCAGCCACGGCACUUCUGCAAGACCUGCAGAAGGUACUGGACCAAAGGCGGGGCCCUCCGCAACGUUCCCAUCGGGGGCGGCUGCCGGAAAAACAAGAAGAUGAAGUCGUCGUCUUCUAGGCUGUCCAGCGACUCCAAGGACUCCAGUGGAUCUUCCGACAUGGGUGUUUUGAAGUUCUUCCACGGUCUCUCCCCGGCCAUGGAUUUUCAACUCGGUGGCCUCUCUUUGCCUAGGUUUCAGCCAUCACUCAAUCAAUUUUCAGCAUUCGGAGACAUUCCGGCCACUAAUGCUGCUCCUAGUUUUGGUUUCGAAACGCCCCUAAUGGGGCUAAAUUUUCCUAUGAUGAAGCAAGGAGAGAAUAUUAAUGGCGGAUUUGGAGAGGGGGUUCAAGGGAUGGGAUUGAACGUUCCGACCUCUCUUGCGUCGUCGAUCGAGUCGUUGAGUUGUAUCAACCAAGACCUGCACUGGAAGCUGCAGCAGCAGAGGUUGGCGGCGCUUUUCGGAGGCGGCGAAAAUGAAAAUCAGAAGGAGAGCGGUGCUGGCUUGGAAAGGCCACAACCCAUCAUGUUUCAGAACCUGGAGAUAUCGAAACCGGAGGAUAAUUCGAGAAAAGAGGGUGCAAGUGGUGGUGGUGCAGUAGCAACCGAAUGGUACUUCGACAAUUCUUAUGCAGGUGCAGCGCAUGUAAACCCUACCCCCACCAACAGUACCAGCAACGGCAAUGAAAGUACAAGCAGCUGGAGCGGGAUUCAGGCCUGGACCGACUUGAAUCAGUACAGUGCUUUGCCAUAG